GGGCGGGACGUGUUCUUAAAGGACCCGCAUCCCGAGAGAAGAGCAGAGGGUGACCCGGAUGAUGGCGGCCGGUGCGGCAAUAGCCCUGGCCCUGUGGCUACUCCUGCCAUCAGUAGGAGUGGGAGAGGCGGGGCCGCCGCCCAUUCAGGACGGCGAGUUUACUUUCCUGCUUCCCGCGGGGAGGAAGCAGUGUUUUUACCAGUCCGCGCCGGCCAAUGCUAGUUUGGAGACUGAGUACCAGGUGAUUGGAGGAGCUGGACUGGACGUGGACUUCACCUUGGAGAGCCCUCAGGGUGUGCUGUUGGUCAGUGAGUCUCGAAAGGCUGAUGGGGUGCACACGGUGGAGCCUACUGAGGCUGGGGACUACAGGCUGUGCUUUGACAACUCCUUCAGCACCAUCUCUGAGAAGCUAGUGUUCUUUGAGCUCAUCUUUGACAGUUUCCAAGACGAGGAGGAGGUGGAAGGUUGGGCGGAAGCUGUGGAGCCAGAGGAGAUGCUUGAUGUCAAAAUGGAAGACAUCAAGGAAUCCAUAGAGACUAUGAGGACCCGGCUGGAACGGAGCAUCCAGAUGCUGACUCUGCUCCGAGCCUUUGAGGCCCGUGAUCGGAACCUUCAAGAAGACAACCUGGAGCGGGUCAACUUCUGGUCAGCUGCCAAUGUGGCUGUGCUGCUGCUGGUGGCCGUCCUGCAGGUCUGCACACUCAAGCGCUUCUUCCAUGACAAGCGUCCUGUACCCACGUAGCCCCAGCCACAGAAGAUGAACGAAACAACGGAGGGAACAGGCAUGUGUGACUUGCUGGAGACCGCCCAGACUCAGAGAAGCUGCAGCUGGGUUCUCAGCAGUGGCCCCAUGUCCCCCUUCCUGGAUGAGCGGGGAGUGCAAGUGGACUGCAGACCCCUUGGAGGGAGGUUCAGCAACAGUGCCUGUUUCUUGGAAGCUGGAAGUGUUGGGCACUGCAGUUGGGGAUGUAUGGCUCUCAGAUGCCCUGGUUUUCUCCUGAAAUUGUGCCUUAGCUUAAGUCUUCCAGCCACCAGGAUGGGGUCAUGCUGCGCAGCUGUCUCUUGCCCAGUGGGAUACACCCACCCUCAGUGUCUCCACUUUGCUCCUGGGGAUAAGUAAGACCUUGCUAGGGUCUGGGAAGGAGACACAUCUGCAGAGUUCUUGCCAGGACAGUCACUUUUAUUUGAUAGGAAGGAGUCCUGGCCCAGAGGGGAGCCAGCUGGUUGGGGGAUCUGGUAACAGAACUCCAAGAGGGGCCCCUUCCUCCUCUCAGAGUGCAGGGUCUCAGAGGGCUGAGAUGCAGCCCCACCAAAGCCUGCCUGCGAGCCUCAAGGAACAAAGGGCAUCUGUCCUGGGCACUGGAGUCAAUAAAUUAUGGUCAGAAACAUUAA